AUGAAAAGAUCAUUUGCUACAUCAGUAGUAGCAACCAAGAGGUUUGAUACUAUUGGUGUGAUUGGAGCUGGCCAAAUGGGAAUGGGUAUUGCACAUGUAGCUGCACAUAUUGCCAAAAAGUCAGUGAUUCUGCUCGACUCUAAUCACAAGCAGAUUGAAAAAGGAGUCAAGCUUCUUGAUGUUCUUCUUAAAAAGGAUAUUCUUAAAGGUAAGAUCACCGAGGAAGAGUGUGCUGCCACGAAAAGUCGGAUUAGCACCACAACCAACAUGAAAGACUUUGCUCAAGUUGAUUUUGUGAUCGAGGCUGUCAGUGAGAGUCCAAGUUUGAAGCGAGAGCUGUUUGUAGGAUUAGAUCAGAUCACUCCUAAGCAUGCUAUUCUGGCAUCCAACACCUCGUCCAUCUCGAUCACCAAAAUUGCUGCAUCGACCAAGCGUCCUGAACAGGUGAUUGGAAUGCAUUUUAUGAACCCUGUUCCUGUCAUGAAAUUGGUUGAGAUUAUUCCUGGUCUUGCCACCUCUCCAGAAACAUUGGCCUCGACACUUCAGUUAGCACAAUUGAUGGGGAAAACCACUACCGAGUCGGCAGAUGUUCCUGGUUUUAUUGCAAACCGUGUUUUGAUGCCCUACAUCAACGAAGCCAUUUAUGUACUUCAAGAGGGAAUUGCUACUCGGGAGCAUAUUGAUACUACCAUGAAACUCGGAACCAAUGUUCCUAUGGGACCACUGACUCUUGGUGAUUUCAUUGGGCUUGAUACUUGUCUUGCCAUCAUGCGUGUGCUGCACACUCAGCUUGGAGAUGACAAGUACCGUCCCUCUCCACUUUUAAUCAAGUAUGUGGAUGCAGGAUGGCUUGGAAAAAAGACUGGUCGCGGUUUCUACGAGUACAAGUAG